AUGGGAGAUGGAGGGCCGUCUCUAGACUCCAGCCCUGGCGACGGGGCCAACUCCACGGCCAACGCCUCCGCCGCCCCCUUCCCUCAGGAAGCCCUCUCCCAGCAGUGGGUGGUGGGCAUGAGCCUGCUGAUGGCGCUGAUGGUCCUGCUGAUCGUGGUGGGCAACGCGCUGGUGAUCGCGGCCAUCGGGCGCACCCAGCGGCUGCAGACCCUCACCAACGUCUUCAUCACCUCCCUGGCGUGCGCCGACUUGGUCAUGGGCUCCGUGGUGGUGCCCUUCGGGGCCACGCUGGUGGUGCGGGACCGGUGGCUGUGGGGCUCCUUCCUGUGCGAGUGCUGGACGUCGGUGGACGUCCUGUGCGUCACGGCCAGCAUCGAGACCCUGUGCGUCAUCGCGAUCGACCGCUACCUGGCCAUCACGUCGCCCUUCCGCUACCAGAGCCUCAUCACGAAGAGGCGGGCCAAGGGCAUCGUCUGCACCGUCUGGGCCAUAUCGGCACUGGUGUCCUUCCUGCCCAUUAUGAUGCACUGGUGGAGAGACGAUGCUGAGGGGGCUUUGAAAUGCUAUGCGGACCCAGGGUGUUGUGACUUUGUCACCAACAGGGCCUAUGCCAUCGCCUCCUCGGUCGUCUCCUUCUACAUCCCCCUGUUUGUCAUGAUUUUUGUCUACAUCAGGGUCUACAGAGAAGCCAGAGCGCAACUCAAGAAAAUCGACAAGAGCGAGGGCCGGUUCUAUAACAACCAUCACCAGCUGCCGGGUCACCAGCACCUGCCCAUCUUGGGUAAUGGCCAAGUCAACAAGAGGAAAAGCUCCCGUGUCCUGGCUGUGAAGGAGCAUAAGGCCCUGAAGACGCUGGGCAUCAUCAUGGGCGUCUUCACUCUCUGUUGGUUGCCCUUUUUCUUGGUCAACGUGGUCAAGGUCUUCAACAGCAGCUUGGUACCAGACCAGCUUUUUGUCUUCUUCAACUGGUUGGGCUAUGCUAAUUCUGCCUUCAACCCUAUCAUCUACUGCAGGAGCCCUGAUUUCCGCAAGGCUUUCAAGAGGAUGUUGUGCUGUCCUAGGAAAGCAGACCGCAGGCUGCAUGCCAGCACUGGGGAGUUCUCGCGUUGCCCUGGGGGCUUCAUCAGUACGCUUGGAAGUACUCCUCCAUGCACGCUUGGAGGGACUUGGUCUGAAUACAAUGGUGGCGGACAGGAUGCAAGUGACUCCAGCUUAGAGGAAAGGAACAGUAAAACCUCCUAUUCAGAAUCCAAGGUAUAAGGGCAGCUGAUGGGGAGAAUUAAAAUAACGGGAAGGCAAUAUUGCAGCUAAAGAAA